AUGUCGCUCGUCUCAGGGGAGAAGAGCAACUUCCAGUACAUUCUGCGAUUGCUGAACACCAACGUCGAUGGAAAGGAGAAGAUCAUGUUCGCCCUGACCCAGAUCAAGGGUGUUGGUCGUCGUUACUCCAACUUGGUCUGCAAGAAGGCCGAUGUUGACCUGAGCAAGCGUGCUGGUGAACUCACCACCGAAGAGCUCGAGCGCAUCGUCACCAUCCUCCAGACCCCCACCCAGUACAAGAUCCCCUCGUGGUUCCUGAACAGACAGCGCGACAUCACCGACGGCAAGGACUCCCAGGCCGUCUCCAACGCUCUGGACUCCAAGCUCCGUGACGACCUCGAGCGCCUCAAGAAGAUCCGCUCCCACCGUGGUCUGCGUCACUACUGGGGCCUCCGUGUCCGUGGUCAGCACACCAAGACCACUGGCCGCCGCGGUCGCACCGUCGGUGUCAGCAAGAAGAAGGGCUAA